AUGGACUUCUCAUCCGUACCCCUGCGAAAGCAGAUCGAGCGGAAUGCAGAUGACAGGCUGAAGAUCAUCGUGGUUGGCGCUGGGCUUGGCGGGCUGGCGACGGCUAUAUCAUGCAGGCUUGCUGGCCAUGAAGUCACCGUGCUCGAAUCCGCAACCGCAAUGGGCGAGAUCGGCGCAGGUCUCCAGACGUUGGCGAACUCAUCCCGAGUCCUCAUCUCAUGGGGUAUGGGGGAACAGCUCAGCCAAUGUGCCACGACGCCGCGACUGUGCAACAUGAUCGGAUGGCGAGGCGAGACGAUCUCAACAUGGGAUAUCCACAAGUCUACGCGCGAGGAAUGGGGAAGUCCGUAUUGGGACCUGCAUCGCGUCAGCCUGCAUCAAUGUCUCUGGGACAGAGCGGUGGAACUCGGUGCCGAGGUGCGGGCCAAUUCACGAGUCACCGAUGUCAGGAUCGCAUCGGACGGAAGUCAUGCGACGGUGGUUGUCCAAACCGGCGAACAAGAGGUCCACACUUGCGUGGACGCCGAUCUCGUCGUCGGCGCGGACGGCGUCAGAAGCCACUGUCGGGAUCUUCUGGUUGGCAGAAACGACCCUCCUGCUAAAUCGGGCGAUAUGGCGUACAGAGUGCUCCUCAACACCGACGAUAUGCUGAAGGAUCCAGAACUGAGAGAUUUCGUGCUGGAUCCGCAGGUCAACUACUGGAUCGGACCCGAAUGCCACGUCGUGUCGUAUGUCCUAAGAGGAGGUAAACAGUUCAAUAUGGUACUCCUGGUCCCCGAUGAUAUACCGGACGAUGUUGUCACGCAGGAAGGGAACGUCGAGGUCAUGCAAGCUUUGUUCAAGGAUUGGGAUCCCAGAGUCCGCAAAAUCCUGUCCACUUGUUCGCAAGUUAAGAAGUGGCGCCUCUGUACCCGAACACCCACCCCGAGUUCCCCAUGCUGGUACCACCCCAGCGGAGCGUUUGUCCUGCUCGGCGAUUCCGUCCAUGCCACUCUCCCUUACCUCGCCAGCGGUGCCGGCAUGGCCAUCGAAGACGCUGCGGUACUAGGCCUCUGCCUUUCACGGAUAACCUCUGCCGCCACACCCCAAGAGAAGCUACACGCCCUGAGAGUGUACGAGAUGUGUCGGAAACCACGCACCCAGCGUGUCGUCGAGAAGGCAUACGAGAGCCAGUAUCUGUAUCACCUGCCAGACGGCCCGGAGCAGAGAGAGCGGGACCAAAAGAUGAGGGCAUUUGAGGACGCAUAUCAUACUCAAGGCCAUGGAGCAGUGCCCCAGGGACUGAGGCAAGGGGAUGAUCCGUUCGCUUGGAGAAGUGGUGGGGUUGGAAAGUGGUUAUUCGAGUAUGACUGCGAGCUGGAUGUAGAGAGAUGUUGGGCUUUGCUUCAGGUAGAAGCAGAUGCUGAUACAAGGCUUGCUACUUGCUCAGACUCGCAGAAACUCCGCUCGGGCCUAGUGACCAGUGCACGACUGUAG